GAGGACAUUCGCGAUAAAUUUCGUUUAGUUGAAAGUACCUUAGUACCUGUUUCAUUUGCAAAUUGGACGCACGUAUUUUAUCAAAAAUAAAUAUUCACAAUGACACCGACAUUUAGAAAAAAUAAAAACUAUUCUAUUCCAGUUGAAGUAAAAUUAGAAGCUCUCAGUGCAAAAGAGAGUGGCCUAACUACAUCUGAGGUAUCAUCUAAAUAUGGCAUUGCAAGAACUACAAUUGGCCAGUGGUUUAAGGAUAAAGAAAAUUUACGUCUGAAUUGGUUAAAACAGGUAGAAGAAGCAUCAAAAUCUAAAAAACGGAAAAAGCAUAGAACUAAAAAACAAGAUGAUAAUCGAAAUGAUGAUAACAACCAUGCCUUAAAAACUGAAACAAUGACUUCCAAGAGUCUUACUAUUGUAAAGCCAAUAGUUUAUGGAAAUGUCUCUCGUUAUUUCGGCAAAAAACGAGAGGAAGAUGGCCACACACAUCAAUGGACUGUCUACGUAAAACCUUAUAACAACGAGGAUAUGUCCACUUAUGUGAAAAAAGUACAUUUCAAGUUACACGAAAGUUACAACAAUCCCAAUCGAUUUGUAACGAAACCUCCGUACGAAUUGACGGAAACUGGUUGGGGAGAAUUCGAAAUAGUUAUCAAAAUACAUUUCCACGACCCAAAUGAACGAUAUGUGACGAUCUAUCAUGUUCUAAAAUUAUUUCAAAAUCCCGAUAAUCAAAUGGGGAAAAAGAGCCUAGUUUCUGAAUUUUAUGAGGAAAUUGUGUUUCAAGACCCAACAGCUCUAAUGCAACAUUUGUUGACUUCAACCAAGCCCCUAACUAUGGGGCCUUGGCGCCACGAGACUGAUUUUGAGGCCAAGAAAGAAUCGGCUCUGAAAGCCAUAAUGGAAGCCAGAAAUAAAGUCAGGUCCGAAGUUGGAGAACUAAAGGAAAAAUUAACACUAGCGAGAGAAACAAUUGCAAAAUUCAAGGAAGAAAUUGCCAAAGUCUCAAAAUCCAGUGGCGGCAUUUCAGUCUCUUAGCACAGAACUUUUCCAUUUUUAGGAUUUUCAAUAAUAAGUUUGCUUUUAUAUAAAAAAGACGACGUAAGAAAUGACAAGCACGAUCAUUUUCUACCUUUAUAUUAAAAGUAAAUCAGAAUAUCAGAAUCAUAUUAUUUAUACAUAGAAAUUUCUUGAAGGAUAUUCGCCAUAAUGUUAAAUCUAAAAAGUAUAUAAACCUGCAACAGUCUUUAUUACGAUUCACAAUUUGUGAUCUUUCCACAUCCAUAAACAUAUUUUUAUAUAAAUAAAAAUAACAAUGAGAUUUGCAGUAUUAUAAUACAGAUUCCCCUAAAAUGGUUUUAUGUAACAAUAAGAAUUAUGUGUGUAUGUGUAUAUCGCUUAGGUUAAGUUUUGUACAGCUGGACUCUUGAUUACAUUUAAAACAGUCAAAUUACAA